UCCGGGUCACGCUGAGCCUCUUGCUCUUCGAGUCUGUGACUGGUGAAGGUGCCGCGCUGUCGGCGCUCUCCUUUCCCGGUGUGACCAAGCCGCAGUGUCCACCGACGAGAAGCGACCCCCUGCCCAGGAGAGAAGGACGAGGAGUCCUGGGAGCGGCCGGAGGCCGGGCUGGGCCGCUGUGGUGCGGGCUGGAGACUUUGCUCCUACCCCUGCUCCUGUCUCUGGGAACCGGGUGCCAGCCCUGAGGAGUCUUCAGCGGACAGCGACCCCCUUCCCCGGCUCCCCUGCCCGCCCCGCCGGGGAGGGCGGAAGAUGCCGGUGAAGAAGAAAAGAAAAUCCUCUGGGGUGGCGGUAGCGGAAGACGGAGGCCUCAAAAAGUGUAAAAUCUCCAGAUCCGCGGAAGGGUCACUUCUAGAAUUUCUUUGUAGAGUGAAGAAAGGAGCAGAACAGGAGAAAUCUUGACCUGACAACUGCCAUGGGAAUGAUAGAAAGGAAAUCUCCCCAUGUUGUAAUUGGCCUCCAAAUUUAGUGGUCUAACCGGGAGGAUCCCAGCAGGAGGCCUUUUAAAUCGCUGGAGCACCAUUUUUCUGGAAGUAAUAGUGCCUCCACCUGCGCCAAGUCCCUGUGUGCCGAAUUGGGAAGGCCCUGCAUGCGUUUUGUUUUCUAGCACUCAGGAUGCUGUUAGCUCUCAGUAUAAAUAUUAAUAAUUGAGAGCUAUUGUACUCUGUAUCCUCUUGGAGAAAAACAAAACAAAGUAGAGCUGUAGUUGUAGCUCUUUGCUCCCUUUGUAACAUGUCAUUGAGGCAUCACAGCAACAUUUUGUGCUGCAAAAAUUUAUUGAAAUUUAAGUGUGAGAAGUGGGAUUUUUAAAUCUCCUUAUGGAGUGUCUGAUUGUUAUCUGUGGUUGGCACUUAGUGUGACAACUAAAUGCUACCAUUAAAAGAAGAUUAUAGACAGCAUUAUAAAUGGGAGAUAAUGAUAGAACUCUCCUUAGAGAUCUGCUUAAAAUGUGAGCUAUUGCAGAUCCCAACCCCCUGCUAGACUAAUAAGUGGAGAGGAACAUUUUUCAAGCAAGAAGUGCCUGGCUUGGUUUUAUGAGUAUGCAGGUCCUGAUGAAGUUGUAGGGCCAGAAGGAAUGGAAAAAUUUUGUGAAGACAUUGGUGUUGAACCUGAAAAUAUUAUUAUGUUAGUUUUAGCGUGGAAAUUGGAGGCUGAAAGCAUGGGAUUUUUUACCAAGGAAGAAUGGUUAAAGGGAAUGACUUCAUUACAGUGUGACUGCACAGAAAAGUUACAGAACAAAUUUGACUUUUUGCGCUCACAAUUGAAUGAUAUUUCUUCAUUUAAGAAUAUCUACAGAUAUGCCUUUGAUUUUGCAAGGGAUAAAGAUCAAAGAAGCCUUGAUAUUGAUACUGCUAAAUCUAUGUUAGCUCUUCUGCUUGGAAGGACUUGGCCACUGUUUUCAGUAUUUUACCAGUACCUGGAGCAGUCAAAGUAUCGUGUUAUGAACAAAGAUCAGUGGUACAAUGUAUUAGAAUUCAGCAGAACUGUCCAUGCCGAUCUUAGUAACUAUGAUGAAGAUGGUGCUUGGCCUGUUCUUCUUGAUGAAUUUGUUGAGUGGCAAAAAGUCCGUCAAACAUCAUAGCAAGAACUAUUGUGAAGAAAAUGCAAACCUUUUGAUUCCUACGUGUAUACAAGCUAAUGAGAUGAGGAAAAAAAACUCCAAAGGGUGCAGUUUUAUUCAUGUGAAAGACUUCUCAUAGUACUUUUUUUUUCUUUUUUUUAAAGGAAGUUUUCUUGUUACAUGUGAUGGGCCUUGUGCCACACCUCUUCUGAGACUGAAUAUUGAAGUUUUUGUUUUGAGUUAUGUUUAUAACAUUUAUUUCAGAACAAUAAAGAUUCAGAUUUGUCAUAAAGGCCUUAAAGUGAAGAUGUCCCUUGAGUGUCAGAGUGGUAUUUAUUUUUGUACAUUUUAAUUCUUGAAUUUUGGAGGUUCUAUUCACCAUGAAUUUGUGGAAUUAUAAAGAUUUUAAGUAACCUUAAUAUUUGGCAGUGUAGUCUGCUGAUGGUAUGGCUUAAUGUAUUCAUCUCUGCACAGUUAGGAAGAAUAUUUAUUGACCUUCAUUUAUGGGUUAAUGAUUUUUUGAUGCAAUUAAUACAUUUUUACAUCUUGGAAGUGCUCCAACUUUCAAUUUGAUUUUCUGUGAAAGCUGGCAUGAUUUUAUGCACAUACUUUAUCUGAAAAGUUUGGAAUUGGAAAGAUGAUGUCCAGUUAUUUUCUUUUUCAACCAUUAACUAGUAUUGUCAAUAAGCAUAAAUCAACAUUGCAUGUAUAUUCUUAA